CACGAGUAUGGCAACUACAGGAGCAGCGACAUCAUUCCAAGUUAUCGACAGCGUCGACUUUGAACUGGACAACCUGGACGGAAUGGACAUUCUAAUCGACGCGAAUGUGCCAUCGAUGGACGGCUUAUUAACCUGUAUGGCUCCAGACGGUGGAAGUCGCAGCAAAGCCAAACGGAAGAAUUUGCCCAUGAAUCAAGACCUGAGUGAACUGGAAAAGCACCGCGUCUACCGAGAACGCCAAAAGAAUACUCGAAAACGUUUAGAGUUACAGGAAAAGGAGUUGACAAAGGCACUAGCUGAUCUCCGAGAACUCAAAGCGAAGCAGUUGUCCGAGUUCACGUCGAGCAGGACACCAGCGUAUUGGCACUGGGAAUCAAUCGCUGGGAAGCAGAAAGAGCAACGUCUGGAGGCCGAAGCAGACCAACAGCAGCUAUAUGCCACCAUCAGUUUGCAGUCCUCGUAUAUCGACUAUCUUCACGACACCUUACGCAGGCUUUGUGCUGAUCAAGACAUGCCUCGUAAAAAGCUAUGUCUCAAGUCUCCUGAACCAGCGCUGAUUAGCGCGUAUAUUCGAGAGCUGGAGGAUAACUACACAAGAACCGAGGAGGUGUUUAGAAACAGUGGCUUGUCAGAACUUCCCGAUACUGAAGUUACAGUUCACUCGGUUCGUACAAGAGACUGUGACGGCCAAGUGGAGUAUUUCCAACAGUUGGACAAGAUGGUGCAGCCAUAUACCCUCCGCCAAACUGGCCAUUCAUUGUGGAAAUUAGGAGAAGCGCAACAUUCCAGCAAACCAAAUUAUCAGCGGAGCUACGACGUUGUGGAUCCAGAGAACACGAUCGCAGCAAGGUUUGUCGAGGAGAAAGCGCUGAAAUCCGGUGAAACUGCUCCACUGGUGCAAAGGUUUAUAGCGCGUCGAUUUGAAGAAGAGGGCUGUAUUAUUUACACAUGGAAGCUCGUCACGGAAGGAGCCGGUGUUUUCAACGGCAUGCAACUGGAUGAGACUGGCUGGUGUAGACUACUACCGUUGACGGACACGGCAGUGCUUGGAACGCAGAUUGAAAUCUGUAUCCGCCGAGUUCCAAUGCAUUUUAAAAGUACACAAUUCCGUAGGUUGGAAAUUGGUGAGUUUCACGGAGCACUGCAAGAAGACAGCGCUGGCACAUUGAACAAAGUCAUGGCGUCCUUAGAAGAUCUUUUGCUCGGCGAUGUUCUUGCUGGCAUUUCCUGAUGCGGCAAAUAAGCAAAGAAAGACCAGGUUUUCAAUGUUGUAAACCCUUCUUCAAGUAUCGGUGUUUUGUUCAUGGCGUCGGCUGUCAACUCAUUUACUUGUUGAAGAAGCUAGUAUCAAAUAUAUUAGGCUCAUGUGUGCUGCUUUUCCACACAGACAAUGUCAGGUUUAGUAAGAAAUUUUUAACAAGUUGCACUGCUUACCGAGAACCAACA